AUGGCACGGAAUGCUCGACUGUCCAUCGCCGCGUUUAUAUUUGUGUCAGCCGGAGUGUUGAUCAUGUUUGUGGCCAACCUCACCUUUGCACAACGAAUGAUCAGAGCCUCGCAACCGGCACUGGGGUGGCACCCUGGUUUUGCAAAGUUCUUCAAAGUCCUGUAUGCCCUGACUGUUAUGCUGUUGAUCACGGCAGUCUACGCAAUCAUUCACUCUCAUUAUACCUUGGAUCGCGAUAAACUUGCGACCGACUUGGCGUUAGAGCUGGCCGCAAUGACAUACUUCAUGUUUUUGGCAGCUCUCCCAAUAAUUCUGCUUUAUCUCGCCCGUGCCAUUCCAAGGACCAGAACGAUUGAGAAAUUUGGCUCCGGGCGAUGGAAGACUAAAGUGCGAAUAUUGAUUCUUGGGUCCUUACUCUGUUUGUUCGGUGCUGCCUUCCGAACCGGUUCUCAAUUUCUACAUCCCCGGCGCCCAGAUGAUCCUGCCUGGUAUCACAGCAAGGCAUGUUUCUACAUAUUCAACUUCACAAUCGAGGUCAUGGUCGUCUACCUGUAUCUCAUUACGAGAGUCGAUCGGCGCUUUCAUAUCCCCAAUGGAAGUCGUAAAUACGGUGACUACUCCGACCACAAGACAGUGUCGGAGGCUUCAAGCGAAACCGAUGGAUCCCAGAACCGGAAUUCUAGCUUCGGCAGCUACGCACGCAUCUUCGACGGCAGCUCUUCUAUCUACUCUUGGGGGGACGAGAAAGAUUUGGAUGAAAAGGUACAUUCACCAAAUACAUGGUCCCAGUUUUCAGACGACAAGGUGGAGGAUGAAUGGACAUCGCCGGACUCGACCAUCCAGCUACCACCAGCCGUGAGACAGAGUAGAAUAAGAGUAGUGACGAUGGAUCAGGCGCCGUUUGUGGAUAUAGGGUUUCUCCACGAGGAACACGAUGGGUAUGACUACUGGUUUGAGCUACCGCCGCCCGUGGUGUUGAGGUCUUUUGGGCUUUGA